UUCUCUUUCAUCAUACCAGAGCUACCUACCUUUCUUGGAUAAACUAAUACUCCGUGUCUAUCCUGUGGCCAUCGUCUUCCUAUCUCGUAUCCUUCCGGGCGUCUAUUUGAGCCUCUUCGGGUAGUCUUGAACUCCUCUCCUUUCCGCAAGGAACAGACUCUUACUACGUCCUUAUACGGUAGAGGCUGUCUUGGAGGGAUCUAUCUAGUCUCGUCGCCAUAUAAUCUGCAGGACUCGGGAAGAUAAACCGAAAUAUCUGCAUAUAAUUGUCACCCAUUAGCCACAGACGUUGACUUUUGCCUCCCGUUCUGCCAAACGUACCUAUUGAAGUGCUGGGACUGAAGUGUGCAAAUGGUUGAAGUUUGAUAAAACGGAGCACACUCUGGAAACAAAUCGAGGGCUCUGCCUUAAUUGUUUUAAAACAAACCUGGAGCUUCGUUACGGGUCGCCGCCAUAUAUACAGGUGCCUACUUAUCGUUCACUAAUUCAGACGCCACACGAGACCCGUUAUCCAGGUCAGCAAUAGAUAAGAUGUCUGCUCUUACGAUGCCUUCUUCGCCAUACCAUCAUGGGUUUCCUCACGAAUUCUCUUGGCGAGAAUCUUCUGAGCUAUCCUCCAGACCAGGAGAGAAAAUCGCCCUCCCGUCUAUCCGACAGGCUUUCCCAGAGCUUCAGCUUCACAUACAACAUGACAUUUCGGCCAGAACACCACCAUCCGCGACAACUCCUCCUGGAAGAUCAUUUAAUACUACAACCUGGUCAGAAUAUGUCCACUCACAGUCACCACAACACCUAAAAAAGAGGCCUCUAGCCAUGGAUCAGUUUGAGUAUAGGAAGAAUCAAGAAACAAAUUCGUUGCCGAGGAUAUCAACUAUCUCUCACGAUGACAGCCAUCGACAGCCCCGGCCGACGACCCGAAGAGCAAACGUUGAGGCAUGGGAGGAUCCGCACCGUCCCAACCCUUCUUACGGGAGAUCUGUACGGUCUCCCAUAAGCCUAGAACCACAUGAACGACGCGAGGCUCGUUCUACUCUACCGAGUUUACCACUAAUGAAUUUUGCUGGAGCUGUGUCUGAACCACGCCGUCCUGCGAAGCUGAACGAUGAUUGGACGAGGGGAUUUAUGAGGAGACCAAGCAUGUCGAGCAAUGGGAGUCUACAUACGGAUGGAGGAUCUCCCACAUAUCGACCUGAAGGUUUUAGCUACGACCCCCAUCACCCUAGCCGGGUACAGUCUCUUUCGAUGGGCUCGGUCCAUAGCUAUGACAGGACGCCGUUCUCACCGGGACUCUCACCACGGCCGUACGACCCACACCAAUAUCACGAGAAUUUGAUGCGGAUCCGCGAUUUUGGCAUGGUGAUGAACGGCGAGGGCAAGCAAAGGAAGCGUCGUGGGAAUCUACCAAAGGAGACAACAGACAAAUUGCGUGCUUGGUUCGUCGCCCAUCUGCAACACCCGUACCCGUCAGAGGAGGAAAAGCAAGAUUUAAUGAGGCAGACGGGCUUACAAUUAAAUCAAAUAAGCAAUUGGUUCAUCAAUGCGAGGCGGCGGCAACUACCGACCAUGAUUAACAACGCCCGUGCCGAGUCAGAUGCCAUGACAGUGCGUAAUAGCGAUGGCAAGUUGCUACCUUCGACUGAACGAGCAGACUACGACCCAGACUGCAAGCCUCUGAGCGAUUGCGAUGUGGAACUAGAGUCAAUGAAACGACGUAGGAUCAACAACGUUAAUCGCGGUAGUAUAUGAUAGAAAUCAUGCUACCCCGGAAAGGGUUGCUUGUAUUACUAUGGAUAUCGGCAUUAUUUAUAUUAUAGACAGCUUUUAAAGUCGAAUUUCGAGUCGAUCG